GGAUUGGAAAAGGCAAAUUCCCAAAUGGACAGCUGGAUCGAGCUGAACGCACUAGGCAGUGACGAUAGCGGCAGCAGCGUCACGUUGUGCACAGAUCCAGGUCUACUGAUCGACGCCCAACGCAGCUACUGUUCUUCGCACCGCGACAGUCGUCAGAGGUGA